ACUUCUGGUGGAAGUACCAACCGCAACUCAUAUCGCAAGUUCGACUAACUCGCCUUCAACCUUUCUAAACAACAACAAAUGGUGGUGGCCGUUAAAGUUUUCAAGAAAACAACACCUAAUGGUAAAGUCACGGUAUAUCUUAGCAAGAGAGACUUCAUCGAUCAUCUAGACCACACAGAUCCCAUAGAUGGAGUGGUCGUUGUCGAAGAUGGAUACUUGCAGGGCAGAAAGAUCUACGGGCAGGUCCUCACCGUCUACCGCUAUGGUAGAGAAGAGGAUGAAGUCAUGGGAGUCAAAUUCAGUAAGGAAAUGGUCGUAGCCAGUGAACAACUGGUGCCCUUGAAGGAGAAACAACCGUUGACUCCAGUGCAGGAAAAACUGAUCAGCAAAUUGGGGGCAAGUGCCCAUCCCUUUACCUUCCAUUUUCCUGAUAUGUCACCAUGUUCCGUUACUCUUCAACCAGGUGAGGACGACCAGGGUAAACCUCUGGGAGUUGAAUAUUAUGUUAAAUGUUAUGUGGGCUCCAAUGAAGAGGACAAAGGCCACAAACGUAGCAUCGUCCAGCUAGCAAUUAAGAAACUACAGUACGCUCCAGCUAUCAAGGGUGCCAGUCGUCUUCCAAGCUCUUUGGUGUCCAAAGGUUUUACAUUCUCCAGUGGAAAGAUCAACCUGGAAGUCACUCUCGAUAAGGACAUCUAUUAUCACGGAGAGAAGAUCGGGGCGAACGUGAUGAUCAGCAAUAAUUCGAGAAAGCAAGUCAGAAAUAUCAAGGUGUAUGUUGUACAGCAUUGUGAGGUAACAAUGGUCAAUGCCCAAUUCUCAAAGUACGUUGCCAGUUUGGAGACUCGUGAAGGAUGCCCUAUAACACCAGGUGCAAGUUUCACUAAAGUGGUAUAUCUUGUACCACUUGCAUCCAGCAAUAAGGAUCGCAGAGGUGUAGCCUUAGAUGGUCGUCUGCGAGAUGACGAUGCCAAUUUGGCUAGUUCCACCUUGGUUCCGGAUGGAAAGUGCCCUAUCGAUGCCAUCGGUAUCGUAAUAUCAUACUCUUUGAGAGUGAAACUGAAUUGUGGAACUCUGGGAGGGGAAUUGGUGACUGAUGUACCAUUCAAGCUUUUACAUCCAGCUCCUGGUACAAUGGAUAAAGAUCGUUCUCAGAGCUUGAAAAAGAUGAAAUCCGUUGAUAAAGGACGGUACGAGAAAAGCUUUGCAAACGACGAUGAUGAUAACAUCGUGUUUGAAGAUUUUGCCAGGUUCAGACUUAGCAGAGAUGAACUGGAAUAAAAAUGUAUGCUUAACAUCAGCAAGAAAUACCUAUAUUACCAGCAUACAUAUAUUGCGCAAUAUAAAUGCUUUAGUUCCUUAUAUUAAAAAAACAAAAAAAUUGUAAAAAAGUUUUGAAAAGUAAAAAAAAAUGGUUCAUCCGCCAGAAGUUGGGAAAGCAAAAUUCUAAAUUCAGAAAAUGUAUUUAAUUAGAUGGGUUUCAAGAAUGGUUUUUAUUUUUGGUUAACAACUUACUGCUAUCUUAGAUAAUAUUAUGUAGUCAUCUAUACCAGCAU